AUGGAUCGCAUUUGCACAAUGGCAGACACUCCAGAAGACACCGCCAACAGCCCGACAGAAGUUAAUAAUAUUGAAGGCACACCAGCAGUCGAGCCUACUGGCAAUGACGAAGGCACACAAACAGACACACCAAAGACUGACGAUCAACUUAUCGAGGAUUGGCUAGGCACUAGUCUAGUCGAACUCAAGAAUGAGCAUGGCUACACUCGCGAGAUCGGAGUCCGGGAAUACUUGGACAUCACAACUACAAGAGGCAAUAAUCUUGCCUGCUGGCUCGAAGCUGGCAGCCUCGAUGUUGCCUUUGCUCUACUGACUAGGCGAGAUUCGUCAAGAGAUGUUUGCGCACUUCCAAUCUACCAGAGCAACGAUUUGUUCAAUUUCGGUAACGGCGAUUGCACCAUGGAGGAUUUGCUCAAAGACGGUACUAUAGAGCCGACACUGAAAGAUGGAAAGCGCUUUAUUGUGGUACCUGUCAAUGAUGGCCUGCUAAGUAACAAGGAAAUCGAUAGGCAGGGAAAGGAGGCUAGAGAAGCUGAGGACGUUCCGACAGAAGAUAUUGAAGAAGUGGAAGAAAGCGAGGUAAUAGAAGGGAUAGAGGAUGUUGUGCGAGCUGAAGACACGGUCGAAGACUUCCCCGAUCUCGAGCGGGCAUACGAGGUGGAUGUAGCAAUGAUUGACACCCCACAAGAAGGCGACGACAACACACCAGAACCAGCCAUCGAGAAGACAAAGGAAGGACCCAAAAAAGUUAGUAAAAAGUCAAAGGAGCCACCCUUGGAACCUCUCGCCGUAGGCUCUCACUGGGGUCUCUUAGUAGUGGACAAAGAAACAAAGACGGCACGCUGGAUCGAUGGCAACAUCACAUUGGUCAAAAGGGGCAGAAAGACAGAGCGGCUUCCCCGCGACAUGUCUCCAGCGGCAAGAGUCGCCGGGAAGAUUCUCUGUGCCAUCGAGCAGGUUCUCGGGCCCGAGCGAGGCCAGUACAAUGCGAAAACCGCCAAAUACGUUCCGCACCAGUUCAGAGACAACAGUUUUAAGGGCGAUGGUGGAGCGUGCGGUCCGUAUGUUGUCGCCUUUCUCGAAUAUCUAUACAAGAACAAAUACUACAUGUCGCAUCUACGUACCGCUUUUUCGAGACGGAAAUGGGAUGGCCAUUGCCACGCGUUGGAUUUUGAUUCUCUGUAUACAAGAGUUGAGAUGCAGAAGAUUAUCCAGGAUGAGUGUGAGAAGAAUGCUAAAGCGGGUGAGCUUUCUUUGAAGAUGACACCGGAUGUCUUUCGUAUCCUGAAUCCCAAGGUCGUUGCGCCUUGGGUGGCUACGGCUUGGCGCGAGCGGACAGGCGAGCGAGACCACAAGGGCUUAUUUGAUAGGUAUCAUUUCCGCAAACAUGCGGCUGGAACACAUCGCGGAACUCACGGGCCUGGCGGGCCUGGCGGUGGUGGUAGUGGCGGUAGCGGACCUGGCCGUGGACCUGGCCGUGGAAACGGAGGUUCAGGAAUGGGGCCGGGCGGUGGUGGCGGUGGCCCUGGUGGCAAUAACGGGGGAAAAGGGAAUGGGCUGGGAGGUGACGACGGCAACGACUCUGAUGACUCAAACCCAGAUGUGCAAACGGCGAUACGAAACUCUCUUUUGGAGGGCAAUGGCAGCUUCCUCGUAAAGACACCACUAUUCAAGUAUCCUGCAGGCGCUGAUCAUAGCAACCUGCCCGAAUUUGGGACACUCACGGACGCAGAGACCGAUGCCUGGCACAAAAAAUACGAGAAUGAUCUUUUCAAGAUUUACGGAACACCGAGUUGGAACCGACAAACAUACAAAGCUGUACUACAUCGCACAUUCGUUGGCAGUUUUGGCGGAGUGUCUAACGAGGUUCUCGAAGGUUACAUCAACGACACGCAUGCCUUCACGGAUGAAGAGCGCAGUCAACGUUGGGAUAUGACAUCCGUUGAGCAACGUAUGGAUCAAACCUACCAGAAGAUAGACCUGCCCCUGUUUGCUUCUCUGUCUCCCACGAGUAUCGAUCACUGGGUCCGGAACCUGCAUCCAGAUGCGAAGAAGGUCAUACAAGAUAAUGAGGGGAACACUCGAUACGAUGUCGCCGGCGGACUUCUCUACCGCUUUUUCGUCGGCGAGUUCGCGGAUAUGCCGGAUGAAGACGUGAAAGUUUGGCGAGCGCACGAUCCCAAUAUGAUCGCAGAUGGAAAGAAGGACAUCGACACUGCGAGAUAUUGGCUGACAUGGUACUACUACCGGGGUGAGGCGAAGAAGACACUUCCGUAUUUGAAAGAGAGCCCACUUCAUUGGCCACAUUUUGAACAUCGUCAGGCUCAUGGGCAGAAGAGGAAGAGAAGCCGAGAAAGAGUCGAUGAAGAUGACAAAGCAAGCACUGGUCAGCCUUCAUCUCCGCCCGCGAAAGGCUCAGAGAACGCGUUGUCAGACCCGAAGUCCAUCGACUGGGCCACAAUCGACCACGCUACGCUCAUGAAGCACUUGAACCAGUUGGAGCAGAUGAAGGAUGCGCCAACGCACGUACGAAAGGAUUCGCGCAUUGGCGAGCUAUCAAAUGACUACACUUACAGGGCUAUUCUCUUUGUCAAAUACGGCGGAAAGUUUAAGGACGAGAAAGCGCGUUCUGCUACCUGGGUUCGCGAUCUCAACGUCUUUACGCUAGGUUCCGAGGAUGAAGUCCCCAAACGAGACGUGUUCUACACGGAAGGUGGUCACCUAGUCAUCCGAACCAAGGCGGAGAAUAUUUUGGAGCGGAUGCGAAAGAAGUAUGAGACAAACUCCGGCAAGCCUGUUUCCAAAGCUACAAGAACAUCUCCAGGACGCCAAGGACGUCAAAAGCGUCAAGGACCUGGUGGAUCUCAAGGACUUCCCGGACCUACGAACCCUUCAGGCUCUUCAAAUCAGUUCGUCCCCCAGAAUGUGGCAAUAGUUGGAGAGCUACUUGAAGGCUCUCCCUUAGACUUCACGUAUACCAUCCAGAAACGACUGCAGGAAUGGAUCAAAAGGCUUCCAGAGAAGAUUGCUCCUCGCAUCGAGGCAAUGGACGAGUGGUCCCAGAAAGCUGUUCUUCAAUAUCUCUUCGGUGGUUUCAAUGAGGUCGCUAAAGGGGACAGACAUGUUUGGCUAAAGCAGCACCGUCUAUUGGUCGAGAACAUGGCAUUCGAAGAUGCGGCUCGCGUGCUGGAGAAUACUGCCAAAGAGUUUGGCAAUGAAGGCGUAUUAAAAAAAGACAUCCUGUGCUAUCCUGAUUACUACUUGGCAGAGUUCCAGGAGAAAAACAAAGUCCUCAUAAAGACAAUCGUGGAUGCUAAAAAGAAUGCUGGGGACGGCAAUGGUCAAAGUGGCGGAAAAAGGCAUGAGGACCUCUCUGACGACGAUAUUGUGGAUCUCGACGACUUCAAAAACGACGACGAGACCGCGCAGCCAGCAGUCGGAGCUGCUACCCAAGGCGCCAAACGAAAGCAUGCCGGAGGCACCGCAAGUCUAUUCCCGGCGAAAAGACACAAGGGCGACCGACCAGACUUCUGCACAAUGGAAGAACGCGAGGUUCUCCUUUGGCUCGCCAAAGUACCACUCACCUUCAAAAAAGAACUCCUUGACUCAAAGCUUAAUUUGUUGCCACUGAAGUCGGCAUAUGCGCGUGUCAUGCUCGAGCGCAUAUUCAACAAGACGUUUCAGAACUGGGCUGCGGAGGAUCCUUUAACUGAAGAGACGCUGGGGAAGCUCAGGCAGUGGAGACUGUUGGGCACUUUCAGUGGCUCUUUUAAUGCGAACCCUGCGGGUCUUAAGAAGUUUCUCGACAAGAUACUGUAUGCAGACAAGACAACGGUUGGUGAAGGGAAGAAAGCGAAGAAAGAAACGGUUGUCUUGCCGGAUUAUAGUAACAACAAAGAUAAAUGGCCUGAGAAUUGGAGGUAG